UAACGGUUCUCAGUGGACCAAUUUGGCCUCGGAGGAGAAAACCAGUUGCGCUGAAACAUAUAGCUUCAAAUUCCUGAAUUUCUUCAAUUUCAUAUUUACACUCAGCGCUUUCCCGGCAAAACCUCCGUUCCGCUUCUUUCGCUGGAAUUAUCUUUCAAGCUUUGGUGGUGGAAAUGAAGAAAUCACCAUUACCAAUUCAAAGUAAUUGUGGACGUCCGAAGCAUGUGCUUGGGAAGGUAGAUUUAGUCAAACUUUUGAGAUGGCACUUUGGACAUUCUGAUUUCAGGGGGAAGCAAUUGGAAGCUAUUGAAGCUGUUUUAUCUGGAAGGGACUACUUUUGCCUCAUGCCAACUGGUGGAGGGAAGUCCAUGUGCUAUCAGGUUCCUGCUUUAACAAAACCAGGAAUUGUGCUUGUUGUUAGUCCUUUGAUAGCUCUCAUGGAAAAUCAAGUUUCAACAUUGAAAGGAAAAGGAAUUCCUGCUGAGUUUCUUUCAUCAACCCAGACAGUUCAAGUGAAAAAUAAGGUGAAUGAGGACCUCGAAUCUGGGAAGCCAACUGUAAGGUUACUGUACGUGACACCAGAACUAAUUGCAACAUCUGGGUUUAUGUUAAAACUGACAAAGAUUCUUGCCAGAGGAUUGUUAAAUCUCAUUGCCGUUGAUGAGGCACAUUGCAUCUCUGCAUGGGGCCAUGACUUCAGGACAUGGUCCUAUUUUUCUUCUUUUGCUGGAAUAAACAUACAAGGAAGGAGCCUAAGAGAGACAAUCUAUGCAUGGUGGAAUGCUCAGGUAAGGAAACCAGCUAUGGAAUUUGCUACGGAUUGGCCAACUAUAUUACAUCAGCUAAGUCAGCUAAAGCCUAGAGUAAUAGCUAAGGUGGUGUUAUGGGAACUACCACUGCAUGGCUGGCGUAAAUAUAACACAAAUGGUGCAUCAAGAGGGAAUCCAGGAAGUAGCUCAUGGGCCUUUUGCUUAAGGGAUGUAAAGGGGGAUCUGAUUUAUGCUGAAGGAGCAACAAUUGAAGAUACAGAUAACAUGGUAGCAGAAGCUGAAGCCAUAAUGCAAGCAACAUAUCAUUGCAGUCACUCAGGACAAGAAAAGAUCAUUAUUCAGAUAGAUUCACUAGCAAUCUAUCAAAGGGUCCGAGUAUCCCAUUAUCUCCAUCCUAGCUAUAGCUGUAUAUGGAGAAGAAAAAGAGGGUCAACAACAACAUAUAGGGCAAAGAGCAAGCUUAUAAAUGCAGAACACUUACAAGAAGAAGGAAUCAAGGGUCAGAAGACGAGACCCAGCGUGUUAGCACCAAAAAACCAUGGGAACGUACUGAAGAUUUCACCUGGAAUAGUAGCAAAGGAGGAAUUAAGUUGGGAGCUUAAUCAGCUGGUGAACAUCACACUAAAUGUAAAAGAAAAGAUCUCACUCAUGCAAGCUGGAAUCAUCAACUUCGAGCAACAAUGGUAUGGUAUUUAUCACCCACAGAUGCAGAAGAACGAAUUAAAGGUUGGUGAACAGGAACAUGGUGAAGGAGGCGUAGGGAAGGAAAGCUCAGCUCAACUGAGGGAUUUGGAAACCCUCCUCUUUUUUAAGAGAAAUGGUAGUAUGGGCGAACUGUAUCCAUAUGCUGACGUGUGUAAAUUACUAAAAUCUUGUGGAAAUGUGUGCGCUAUUAUUUACUGCCUGGAACGUACGAUGUGUGAUGAUCUUGCGAUCCAUCUAGCCAACAGCGGCAUUUCUUGUGCUGCAUAUCAUACUGGGCUGAACAACAAAACGCGGAGCUCUGUCUUGGAUGACUGGAUUUCUUCAAAAACACAAGUAGUUGCAACUGUAGCUUUUGGAUAGGGUAUAGAUAGAAAGGAUGUCAGAGUGGUCUGUCACUUCAAUAUUCCCAAAUCAAUGGAAGGAUUCUAUCAAGAGUCUGGUAGAGCUGGACGUGAUCAGUUGCCUUCCAGAAGUGUCCUGUAUUAUGGAGUGGACUACCGCAGGAAAAUGAUGGUUGAGUAUUGUGAAGGCUCUGGUUGUCGUAGGAAAAUCGUACUUGAGAGCUUUGGAGAGAUGGUACCUGGUUCAUUAUGUGAAAAAUCAUGUGAUGCGUGCAAGCAUCCUAAUCUAGUUACAAGUUACUUGGAGCAACUUAAAACUGCAGCUGCUUUUCAGCAUGGAUCUGGAUCUUCAAGAAUAUAUAUGACCAGGACUGCAGUACGGGACAUAAUUGUGAGUCAUGUUAACUUGGAAAACACACCCAUGCUACUUUUUCACGUAGUAUUGCAGCAUGCAGAGGAAAAUUAUUAUCAGAACAAAAGCCGUGACAAACAGGUCAAUAAACUUGACAAGAAUGCCAUACCCGAAACACUGAGGGAAGCAGGCAAGCAGAGAUUGCUGAAUGCAAUAAAGCAAAACCAGCAGAUGGUCAGUGAUUCGAUGAUUGACAUUGCAAAAUCUGUAGUUUUCCUUGAAAAUGAAUGUUACAAGAAGUAUGGCAAAAGUGGGAAGUCGUUCUAUUUAUCACAAAUGGCAAGCACAGCUAGGUGGCUUUCUACGGAAGGUCCUAUGGAAUUGGUGAAUAAGCUCAGGACUUCUAAUCCUGCUCCUCCUGAGAAUGUAACAUCCAUAGCCAAUUGCCCUCCAGCAUCAUCAAAUCUUUCAGUGCCUAUAACAGCCAAGGUUAAUGAGGAAAAAGUCCACGAUAAAGCUGGAUCACAAGAUCCAAUUAGGUCAUCAGCCUCACCCUCACAUGGAUCCGCAAGUGCAAAGUUACCACCCAUCCUGUCUUUCUCUCAGUUUAUCAACAGUGGAAAGGCAAAGGAGAACCUUGCAUCUGCAUCAAAGAGGCGAUCACCUGAUAGAGUUAAAAAGAACUCAGAGAAGAGGAUGCGAUUUCAAUAGGCUUUUGAUUCUUUAGUAAUCAGACUGCAGAUUUUUGCAAAGCAAAUCCCUGUACAUUAGCACAAUUCUACUGGAGGCCAGUGGCAGUCAUAACUAGUUGUAAGUACUUAACUUCUGUUCAAUUAUUUAUUCCAAUUGUAUCUUACUCGAGCAUGCUUGCAUAUUAGGAUCAUGCGAUGAAUGCCCAUAAUGUGCUCAUGAAUUUUCGAUCUCCUCUUGAUUCGUUUGUAACUUGCAUUCUGUUUGGAGGAUGUUUUCAUAACUUGAAGAACCAACCAAAUACUUGGCUUUUAUUUGGAAA